UGGAGAGGAGCUGCGAGUUCUCCCUGCUCUUUCACCAGCUGUCUCAGUACCCUGCUCAUACAGCACUUGGGGACCCUGUGGCUGGGGAGACCGGCUGAAGGGCACCUUAUUCAACUUCCCCCAUCUGACCCCCCAGUGAGGAACAAAAGGAACAAAACCAGGUAACCUUAUUCACGUGAUGAACUCCACUUUAGACUCAGACACCGCCGAACUGCGCCGUGCAGUGCAAGUGGUGGCCACUGUGACCUUCAGUCUAAUCUUCCUCCUUGGCAUGAUGGGAAAUGGCACCGUCAUCUGGAUAACAGGCUACAAACUUCAAAGAACUAUCAACACUGUUUGGUUUUUCAAUCUGGCAUUGGCAGAUUUCAUCUCCACUUUCCUAGUUCUGGUCACUGUCUUGUACUUAUUACUGGACCUCCACUGGCCCUUUGGGCCUAUUUUGUGCAAGCUUGUCAACUGCAUCUUUGGUCUCAGCAUCUAUGCUAGCAUUCUCCUACUGAGCGCAAUCAGCAUUGAUCGUUGCGUUUUCGUCCUCUUCCCUGUCUGGUGCCAAAACUAUCGCAACCCCAGAUUGGUGUCAGCAACAUGUCUAGUGAUUUGGAUUGUCUCCAUUGCUCUGGUACCAGGUUCCUACACCCUUUCGGAGAUGUCCACAGAGAGCAACCGAAGUUCCUGUAAGAACCUAGAUGUAUUUGAGGACUGGGAAAGAAGAGAAGCCGCCAUAUUUACAGUUUGCAUUUUCCUCUACCAGUUCUUAGUGCCGCUGAGUGUUAUUCUAAUUUCCUAUGCUAUACUUCUAGUCACACUCCAUAAGAAAAAACUGAACAGGUCCAGCAAACCAUUUCUGGUUGUCACUGGAGUGGUCUUCUCCUUCUUUUUAUGUUGGCUUCCCUAUCAUGCCUUGGCACUUACUCGUGUGUUUCUUGGUGGAUUGCCACUUUUGGUCAGCCUGGUGGCCGUACCACUCUCCAAGUGCUUAGCUAUGUUCAAUAGCUGCAUCAACCCCAUACUCUAUGUUUUCAUUGGUCGAGAAUUCAAGGAUGCAGUGAAGAGGUCACUGACACAAGUUUUUAAAACUGUCUUUGAGGAAGUCCCACACUAAAGAGACUUUAAACUAUUACUGGGCUGACUCAGAACAUUAGGAGUUAAAGCUAUGUUUGAACUGGAAGUAAUAUUUGUUGAGAUGUAUAGAGUGUGUUCUCAUUCCAGAUGCCAAACACUAAAACUCAACAUGCUCCAUGAUGUGAAAACAGAAAACCACAAAAAAAAUAAAAACCAUCAGGGAAAUUCAAUAUAAGGUCUAGCUAAUGGAAAGUCGAUCAAUGAAGAGGGGACUAUAAAUAAGCAUGGACACCGUACGUAUUAACAUCCAUGACCAACAGGCUCUUUAAAAGUGGAGCGACUCAAUGGGCAAAAUUAAAACAGUGUUACACUAUGAAUUAAAUGAAAACAUAUUAAACAGUUCCAUCAAUUUCAUUAGAGAUGUUCGGAGAUCAUUCAUCAACUCAUUCCUGCUGCAUUUUUCUUAUUUCAUUAAACAAAAAUGUGUUAGAUUAUUCAUUGACUUAUUAAGAGACAAACAAAGUAUGCCAAGACAUUCAGUGCAAUCAAUUAUUUCUGCUAUGCUGAAGAAAAAGUAAUUACAAUGGGCUAAUUCAUUAUAUUGUGCAAUAAUCUACCUAUUAACAAGCUAAAGUAGUGGGUUUUAAAGCCUCAGAGUAAAAUGUCAGUAAAUUACUAACAAAAAGAUUCCACAUUCAGUACCAUCAAGUCUAUUGUGUCAUUCAUUUUUUUUUUAAUUCAAUAAUUUCUCUAAAAAAAUAAUGCAUAAUGACUUAACAGCCUGCUACCAUGAAGUAUUAGUUGUGAAACAAAGGGGAUCCGGUCUGAAGGUCGACACUGUCUAGUUAAGUAUGAAAAAGUUCAAAAAAAGAAAAAAAAAUUGAAAAACCUAUGUCGACCUUUUGACCUGUUGACUUACCACUUGUCAACCUAGAAACCCUGUUGACCUUCCAUCCAUGUCGACCUAGUGACUGUCGACCUAUAGUGGUCGACCUAAACAUUGUCGACCUAGAUACUGUCAAUUUGAUGAUCCACACCCGAAACAAAGAUCUGCAAUGAUUAAUCAUGUGUAGACAAUUGCACAGCACAAUGGACAUACAUUUGUUUAAGCAGAUAUUGUUGAUAAUUCCAUGACAUCGGCAGAAAAGUAGUACGUUAAUGCUAAAUUAUUUACCCUAUUACAGUUCUGCAAUGUUUUUGUAAUGUGGUUGUACUCAAAGAGAAAAAUAAGACUGCAAACACCGUUAGCCUAGGUGCUGGUCGGACAGUAUACUUAUUCAAAAAACUGCUAAGGUGGUUUCGAAAUUAGUUUACGGCAAAGCACUAUUGGUGAAAGUGUGGUUCUCCUUCCCUCAUCCCCAAUCUCAAGGGUUUCUGCUUUAUAAUGAGUCAGCUACACCACAGAAUCAACAUCAAUAAAAAAUCUCUGCCACCUACACAUAUCUCAUAUUCAAGCACAGUUGACUUCAAAAAGAAUUUAGUAAUACAGGUAACCCACAGCAAAAAAAAAAAAAAAGUCAACUACAUUCAACUGUAAUAGAAAUUUAGUGUAAAAACAAUCUUGUAGGUAUGCUGACCUACUUUGAUAACCAUUCGUAGAUUGAUUCCACUGGCCAAAAACCCAUUGUUUUGGUUUGUUAAUAAGAGAAUGCUGGAAUUUUUGCAGAAGGCAGUACGUAAGAUUCAUUGUUCAUAAGAUGCAUAUCACCAACUCCCACCUUUUAUUGUUUUUGAUCACUUAUACUGGUGAUCAAGGGGCUGAUACAGAAUUGAAUAUACACCGAUGCCUAUCUCACAUGAAGUUGCACAGCGAAUUCUCCAAGGAUGGGCACACACAAAUACUGGUGAUUCAGAGUUGUAGACAUUAAAAUAAUAUCUACUCAAAGAAUGGAAGAAGUGAAACUGGGUUGGAAUGUGGCUACUUCACAUAGGCAAAGUUCAAUGAGAUCAUGUUGACACAACUGCUGGCUACAUAGGCCUGGAUGUAACCAAAAAUACCCCUCUUUGGAAGCAUAUCACUUGCAACAUCUCAAGAUAAGUACAACUUGGUAUACCAGCAAAUAUACACAUUCUCUGCUCAAUAUACACCCACCUUACUUCUAACUCUGGUCCAGGACCUAAUACUUUUUCCCAGCAUCCAUCAGCAGACAGGGUUGAGUGUAAGAUGGCUGCGUUGGCGGUUCUGCCGAUCCUCCAGUUCAUUCCUCUGAUGGAGUACAAUACUGUUUACCGUUUCUGUUCGCUUGAUGACGUAAAAUGAAAUGUGACAUUGCAAAACUAGUUUACUUGGAAGCUGUGCAGAACCCAGGGAAAUCAUCCUUAUUCUGCUAUUGUUUGUCUGAUGAUGUUCUAGGCUUAUUGAUGAUGAUAAGGUAUACAUGUACACCAAUUUUUAUACCUGAAAUUAAUUCAUAGGUGAAGAUUUACAUAGAGUAAGCAAGCAUACAUAAAUCCUGGCACUACCUAAAUCUUAAUGUACUGUAAUAUGUAUAAAUCAUAUUUUUAUAACAAUUAUCCCAUAUUUGUUAGUUGUUAAUAAAAAAAACUACAUGUAUGCCAUAUGUGGAUGGUGGAAAUUGCUUCAUUGUCAUCCACUAUGUCAUACAGGAUGUGUUAGUUAUACAGGAAGUGUUUGUUACACAGGAAGUGCCUCUGCAGCAAUAACGUGCAGUGGGGUGAGGCAGAUGAGACAGAGCUUCUCCUGUCAUACUAUAGUAUACUCCAGAGUUUUGAGUAUAAAAAUGAUAACAAAAAUACAAAGAAAAUAUUAUAAAUAUCUUCUUUGUAUUAUUCUAAUCAUUGUUAUAGUUAAAACUCAAGUUAAAAGUGUAUGGCAGGUGAGCCUACCUUGUCCGCACAUCUCUGAUCAAAGUUCAGCAAGUUUCCAGCAGUAUAAACUCCUGUACCUUUGUAUAAUGCCCACAUGAACCCUAGGGUUUAUAUAUAUGUGUGUUAAUCUGCUCUGAUUCUAGCCAGUUUCUCCCCAGUCAUUGUUCAACACUGCUCUGCAGCAAUUGUUCAACAUGAUGCAGCGUGUAAAGACAAACUUCUGCAGCUCUUCAGAAUCAAAUGGUGAUUUUUAAACAGACCACUUUACAAAAUCAAUAAGGACAUUUAACCAUGUAUGGACCAUGUAUGAACCUAAAAGGGAAUCAAUUUAUUUUCAGUACAAAGUUGUCAUUUUCUGUUGUGGAGUGUAAUUGUUUGUAAGUCUUGUACGAUUUUAUAGUUAUUUUUUUUUAAAUAUAUGCUGUUGUUU